UGGUGAAGCAAGGAACGCAGACGAUAUAGGCCUCAGUAGAAACAUUUAUUUUGAUAUUAUCUUUGGAUAAAUGUGCACAUUUUUGGGAAGUAACCGAUCUCCACAACUUCACGGAUAUUAAGUGAUCCUUGGAUAACGAUGGAUGUUUCCGUGAGGAUUCUGUUCCCUCUGCUUUGUUUAUGGGAGGUAUCAUCCGGGCAGAUUUCUUACUCCGUCUCAGAGGAGGUGAACAAGGGAACCGUAGUUGGAAAUAUCGCUAAAGAUCUCAAUCUUAACGUUCAGCAACUGGAGUCUCGUAUGUUUCAGGUUGUAUCUGAAUCGAGCAAGAAGUAUUUUGAUGUCAAUCUGAAGUCCGGUGUUUUGUUCGUGAAUGAGAGAAUUGACCGAGAAGAGAUUUGUGGGACCAGUGAGAAAUGCUCCCUGAGUGUACAGGCUGUGGCGCACAAUCCCAUGAAUAUCUUUCGUGUUGAAAUAACUGUAAUGGAUAUAAAUGACAAUGGUCCUGUUUUUACAGCUAAAUCCCUCACAUUAAAUGUUUAUGAAAACGCGGCCGUGGGAGAACGUUUUCUUCUGCCGGUGGCUAAGGACGCGGAUGUGGGCAGUAACUCAGUAAAAGCCUACAAGCUGAGUCCAAACGAACUGUUCUCUCUGGAUGUGCAGAGCGGAGGAGAGCAGAGUGAGUCCGCUGAGUUGGUGAUACAGAAACCUUUAGACCGAGAGAAACAGGCUGUGAUUCAGCUCGUACUGACUGCUGUAGAUGGAGGGAAACCUCCCAGAUCAGGGACGUUACAGAUAAUUAUACAAGUUAUGGAUAUUAAUGACAAUAACCCCGUUUUCAGCAAGCCUCUUUACAAAGUGAAAGUUGCGGAGAAUGUUAAGAUAGGUACCAAAAUAAUAUCUCUAACGGCAACAGAUAUAGAUGAAGGGGUGAACAGUAAAAUUCUGUACUCGUUUGUUGGACAUGAUCAUGCCAAAGAAUUAGAGCUCUUCUCUAUUGAUCCUGAAAUAGGUGAAAUAUCAAUCAUAAGUGACCUGGACUAUGAAGAAAAUGUCGGAGUUGAGUUGCGCGUGCAGGCAGCCGAGCAAGGCCAUCCUCCAAAAACCACACACUGCAAAGUUUUGGUAGAAAUAAUUGAUAUAAAUGAUAAUGCGCCACAAAUAUCAAUUAUGUCACUUAUGAGCACAGUUAGAGAAGAUUCUAAAUCAGGUGCUGCAGUUGCAUUGAUAACAUUUUCAGAUAAAGAUGGCGGUAAAAAUGGAGUUGUAAACGGUCACAUCAGCGGAACUGUCCCGUUUAAACUUCAGUCUUCUUAUAAAAACCAGUACUCUCUGGUAGUGGACGGACCUUUAGAUAGAGAGCGUCACCCCGAGUACAACAUCACCAUCACAGCCGUAGAUGAGGGAUCCCCCCCUCUCUCUAGCACCAGUGUUGUUACUGUGCAUAUUUCUGAUGUGAACGACAACCCACCUCGCUUCCCAGAGCCCAUUGUCAACGUGUAUUUAAAAGAAAACAGUCCAGUUGGAGACCUGGUAGUUAGCGUGCAUGCUCAAGAUACUGAUGAAAACGACAACGCGCGUGUCUCAUAUUCUCUGAAAAGCACUUCAUCGCUUAUCAACAUGAAUGAUUUGACGGGCGAAAUACACAGUCUACAGUCGUUUGACUACGAGGAAACUAAACGAUUCCAGUUCCAAGUUCAGGCCACAGACGUUGGUGUUCCUCCUCUGAGCAGCAACGUGACUGUGAACGUUUUUAUCCUGGAUGAGAAUGACAACACUCCUGUUAUUCUCCCGCCCUAUUCUGACCAAGGCUCUGUCAACUCUGAGAACAUUCCCUACUCUGCUGAAGCGGGCUACUUUGUGGCCAAGAUCAGGGCUGUAGACGCAGACUCUGGUUACAAUGCGCUGCUCUCUUAUCACAUCUCUGAACCAAAGGGGCCGAAUCUGUUCAGAAUUGGAAGCAGCAAUGGAGAGAUCAGGACUAAGAGACGCAUGAGUGACAAUGACUUAAAAACUCACCCGCUGGUCAUAGUGGUGUCUGACAAUGGAGACCCUUCCCUGUCUGCCACUGUGUCUAUUGAUGUUGUGGUGGUAGAAAGUACAGGUGACAUGCACACAACUUUCAGACAGCUACCAGUAAAGGAGGAGAGUUUCUCAGAUCUAAACCUGUAUCUGCUCAUCUCCAUAGCCUCAGUAUCUGUGAUAUUUCUACUGAGCCUCAUCAGUUUAAUAGCGGUAAAGUGCCACAAGACAGACGGCAGUUUCAGUAGGUACAGCGCCCCAAUGAUAACCACCCACCCUGACGGGAGCUGGUCUUACUCCAAAUCUACUCAGCAGUAUGACGUGUGUUUUAGCUCAGACACAAUGAAGAGUGACGUGGUGGUUUUCCCCACGUCGUUUCCACCUGGUGACGGGGAGCUGAUCAGUAUCAAUGGAGGAGACACUUUCAGUAGGACUCAAACUCUGCCCACCUGCGAGAAGUUCGUGUUCAGCACCGCUGUGCUGGACAGCGACAUCACAGAGUUAGCGCAAGGGGUCCCAUUAUCGUCCACCUAG